AUGAAAGCUAAAAGGCAUCAAAAUAGAGUGUUAACACUCUAUUCAGAGAAUGGAAGGAGGAUUACAGAUUUGCCUGAAAUUGCUACUGAAUUUAUUGAAUAUUACAAAAAUUUGCUUGGGAGAAAAGUGAAUACUCUAGAACCAGACCCUGCAGUCAUCUCUGAUGGUCCCAUUCUUAUGGAUAGACAUAGAAAUGAACUGGAGUCUCCAAUCACCAAUGAAGAGAUCAAGCAUGCUGUUUUUACUAUCUCUGAUGAAAAGGCCCCUGGACCUGAUGGUUAUAGUGCAUCAUUUUUCGAAAGCACUUGGAAUAUUAUUAGUGCAGACAUGAUCAAGGUUGUUCAGGAGUUUUUUAGUUCUGGUAAGCUACUUGGCUCUCUCAAUACAACUACCAUCACCUUAAUUCCUAAAGUUCUGAAUCCAAGCUCACCAUCUGAGUUUAGACCAAUUUCCUGCUGUAAUUGUGUCUACAAAGUGAUCUCGAAAGUAAUAACUGCUAGAAUCCAGAAAGUCACUGGGUAUUUAGUAAAUGAUGCACAGUGUGCCUUUGUCAAAGGAAGGAUUAUCUCAAAUAACAUUCUACUUGCUCAUGAACUGGUAAAGCAUUAUGACUUCAGUAGAGUUUCUGGAUUGGAAGCAAACUCCAAUAAAUGUGCUGUCUAUCUGGGAGGGGUUGAGGAAAAUGUCAAGAACCAAAUAUGUUCUCUACUGAGCUUUUCUGAAGGUUCUCUACCAAUUAGAUAUUUGGGGAUGCCUCUGAUUUCUAAAAGACUCUCACAUCUUGAUUGCUCAAAUCUGAUUAGCAAAAUUUCAGAACAGAUUCAAGGAUGGCAAAGCAGAAGAAAAAUGUCAUAUGCUGGAAGAAUUCAGUUAAUUAAAACUGUUAUUAUGGGGAUUCAGAAUUAUUGGACAAAUAGUUACAUUCUACCCAUAAGAGUUUUGCAGAAAAUAGACAAGUUAUGCUCUGAUUUCUUAUGGAACUGCAAAAUGCAUCUGAUAUCUUGGAGAGAUGUAUGCACAGACAGGAAAAUGGGUGGUCUGGGGAUAUACAGUGCAAAAACAUGGAAUUAUGCAGCUGCAAUGAAACUACUAUGGAUGAUUCAUACAAAAAAAGAUAUAUUAUGGAUUAAAUGGGUGCAUGAAAACUACAUACACCAAGUGGAUAUAUGGCAAGUUCAAGCAAGAAGAACUGAUUCUUGGAUGUGGAGACAAUUACUCAAGGUUAGAGACUUGGCUCUCAAUAAAUUUGGUGAUAAAAACAAUCUGCAGAGAGUUAUGAAAGAAUGCUAUGAUAAUGGGAAAAUCCAAAUAUCUGAGAUAUAUAAAGCCCUGACUCACUCAACAACUCCUAUUGAUACAAUGUCAGGCUCAAUUUGGGGUGGGCUGCACUACCCUAAACACUCAGUAAUCCUAUGGCUAGCCAACCACUCAAGACUGCUAACUAAGGAGAGACUAUGCAAGAUGGGGAUGAUAACUGAAAGCCUGUGCACCCUGUGUGCAUCUCAGCAAGAAACAUGUAAACAUCUGUUUUUCGAGUGCCAAUACUCAGCAGCUAUCUGGAAUGGAAUCAUGGAGUGGUUAUGUUACUCGAGGAGGUCAUGCAACUGGGAUCAGGUGGUGAACUGGUAUAGUGCUGAACUGAAAGGGAAGGGAUAUAUGAAGAAAGUGAAAAGAAUGGCUCUUUCGGCAACUGUCUAUUGGAUUUGGAAGGAAAGGAAUUUGAGGAUUUUUCAAGGGAAAAGAAUGGCUCUUUCGGCAACUGUCUAUUGGAUUUGGAAGGAAAGGAAUUUGAGGAUUUUUCAAGGGAAACAUCACACUCCAGUCCAACUGAUUAGGGAGGUAAAAAUCUCAAUUUUAACCAAGGUGCUUAAUAAAGAUAUACUUGAUUAUGUAAAGGAAAAGAUAGGAGGAUUGUAA